AUGACGAGAAUUGGUAGGACAAUUAUUCUAGAAGUCAGUGCAGAUUAUGACCGUAUUACAAUUCCCGCUCAUUAUGUCAUUCAAGGAAAAGAGUACAAUAUGGGUUACUAUUUAGCUGAUGGUAUAUAUCCAAAAUGGUCAACACUUGUUCAAACGAUUCAUGCUCCACAAGGUCGAAAGAAUAAAUUAUUUGCAAUGAAGCAAGAAGCGUGUAGAAAGGAUGUUGAGCGAGCAUUUGGCGUGCUCCAAUCACGCUUUGCAAUUGUUGCAGGACCUUCACGUUUUUGGCAGAAAAAUAUUUUACAUGAUAUACUGACAUCAUGUAUUAUUAUGCAUAAUAUGAUAAUUGAAGAUGAACGUGAUUUAAAUGCACCAAUCGUGGAACACUUUGAGGUGCCGACUCCAGAUGUUGAGCCCGCAAGAGAUGAUGGUACUCGAUUUGAAGAGUUUCUAGCUCGAUACAGACAAAUCAAAGACAAAGAAGCUCAUAUUGCCCUUCGAAAUGCAUUAAUUGAGCAUUUAUGGGAACAAUAUAGUAAUUCUGAAAGUUAA